UGUUGGGAAUUUACUACACGUGUAGUUCCUCACACUCUCUUCUGUGCGCUCCUCAUCGAAUCUUCACACACCAUUCUCUCUUUCUCUCUCUUUCUCUCAAUCGACUCUGCACUGCAUCCUUCACCUAUUUUCCCCCAAAUCGUAAGCACCAGAGGGACACAGGUACGAGUGGAUAUGCUGCAGAAGAGGAAAAUUUUGCUGAAAAUUGUUGAAACUGUGAAAACCUAACCUUGUGAGAAAAUAGCGUGGAAUAAUCAGAGAACAUGACUUCUCAUCCUGCAUUGACAGUCUUCUAUUUUGUGGUAGUGGAAGGUUGCAAGAGUCACAAUGAGUCUGGCAUGUCUUGUGUGCCAUAGUGUGGAUAGUCCAUCACCAUCACACUCUUUCAGGAGCUACUCUGUUUCAAGUGCAGAAAAUGAAGGAAGAUGCCAUGGUGUUGCAACCUGCUUAACCAGAAAAUUGUCUCUUCCACCCUCUGCAGUGCACUCUUUUCUUGCACCAACAUCAUCAUCCAAAGUCACACCACAACCUACUGGUUCAAGCAACAACUUGAUGCCUGGCGGCACGCCGCGGCUUGUCAGAAGCCGUGCAGUGACAAGGGACCGAGUAAGAAAUUGGAAUUUUGAUGAAAUUGUAAUGCAGUCCUAGUCAAAACUAUAAGAUAGAAUAAGACUAGGGAAUUUUCUGGUGGGAUAGUUUAUAGCAUGGUAUUGCUAUUUUGCCCCUUUAAAUUUUUUAUGGGUGCAAUUUAUCUCUUUCUCUAGUUUUCUUGUAAAAGAGUCCAAACAUUUCUAGCCAUGAAAAUAUUCUACUGUGUGAUUCUACUUCA